UAGCUCGUAGCAUUUCAAACGCUCCCCGUUUCAGCACACACAUUUCCAUCACACUUUUAUCAAAACAUAUUUCAAGGAAUUGUAUAUUUCCAAUCUUUUACUCUGCUCGAACAUGGCGACCUCCAUGCUGGAUACGCCGAUAGUAUCCAUCUACGACAUGAUGGUGGAACGUCACCUGAAGAUGCGCCAAGAUCUAAAGGAUGCUGUCAAAGGUGCGGCUAAAGAAAAAUAUGGAGUUGCCGAUGUAAAGAAACCAAUCAUAAAAUCUAAGCCCUUACCGAUGAACUUCCCUCAUACUCCGGAACUCGGGUCACCAUCUCCGCCGCCGGCAAAUGCGAUAACUGCUGCACACCUGACCAAAAAGCAGACCUUCUGGAAAGUCCAACCGCCAACGGAGAAGGAGGUGAUCAAGAAGCUGGUCGAGAAGAUGGUCAAGGGUCGUGGCAAGUCAAGGCCCAUGACCCCAAAAGAUUGCAAGUCGGGCAAGAAGACCAGUCCCAAGCUGGUGCUCACUCCUCAUCGCAAAAGGAACAUGACCGGAGCCCCAGGAUUGUAUCGUGGCAAACAAAAGCUUAGCAAAUCCAAUUCCACUGAGAUGAAGCGCUUGCCCCUUUCUCCAAGAAAGGUAGAACCUGGACAGAAGAAAGAAGCACCAGCACCGCCGCCUAAGCCGGUGAAAGUGAAGAACACGAAGAUUCCGGCCGAGAAGUUGAUUGCACCAAAGCGCAACCCCAAGUUAUUAGAGAACACUACCACUGGUAAUGCAGAGGUUCAUAUCCGAAAACGCUGGCGUAUUUAAAAACAGAUCGAUCGUUAAGCAUAUGACACAUAGUCAAUGCUCCUUUGUUAUAUAAAUUGUUGCUUAGUAGGCAGAAGAAUUUAUCACAGAUCUCUCAGAUGAUGAUGUACCUAAAUCCCACAUGAUGGCGAUCAAAAUUCGAAAUGUACUUCAAUAUAUGGUUUUAUCUAGUUUAUAUACCUGCAUAAAAAUUAUAAAAAAUGUAAAAUAGUA